AUGUCGGGUCUUUCGUCUGGUUUCAGGAAAAUCAUACCACUCCCUAAAUCGUCUCCGCGGGAUGUGGGGCAACCAAUGUCUUCUGCGGAUUCUGAUAACGAGCAACCAUCGACAUCGAACUCAAAGUCGAAAAUAGACCAUCUCGGGUUUCUAGAGCUUGCUCCUGUCACAGAUCCACUUAUCGAUAUCGUCGCCAUCCAUGGCUUGAACGGGCACAGAGAGGAAACUUGGGAGACUGACGGAGUUCUGUGGCUGCGCGACCUCGUGCCCUCCGAAUUGCCUCGUGCCCGAAUCCUCACUUAUGGAUACGAUGCGGACACUCAAAGUGCGGAAUGCGUGUCGACGCAGACUAUGUAUCGCCAUGCAGAUGAAUUCGCCAAGGCGCUCGCAAGGAAACGCAAGGACGUCUCUCGACGACCUAUCAUCUUCGUCGCACACGAUCUAGGAGGUAUCAUCCUCAAAUGGGCUCUGGUGAUCUGUCACAACCAGAGACUGGAUUCGGAAUGUGACCUCAGGGACGUUCUAAUUUCAACGCAUGCAAUCCUCUUCUUUGGAACACCACACACUGGCAUAGAAUCUGAAGUCAGUAUCCUUGAUGCGGUCAAACGGUUGGCGGCGUCAGUACGCAUGGAGACGACAGACACCAUCGUCAAGGAUCUUCGUUCUCACUCUUCUGAGCUUGAGAACGUACAGAAGCUCUAUGUCGAGGCAAGCGCGAAAGUCAAGAGCGUAUUUUUCUGCGAAGAAUACAAGACACACGUCGAUGGCAAGCGACGAAGAUUGAACGUCUCCCAUCAUUCUGCAGUCAUUGAUGGAGACCGAAAUGCCACAACAGUCGUCCUUCAUGCCAACCAUGAAGCUUUGGUCCAAUUCUCAGCUGCAGAAGGAGUCAACUAUCAAAGUGUUCUCUACUAUCUCCAAAAGUAUGUCGACAGCGCACCGACGGCAGUGUGUGAACAGUGGGCUACCGAGGACAGUUGUCGAAGUGCUGCAAAGGGUGAACCUGCCUCUGAAGAGGUCAUGCUGCCAAAACCUUGCCCACCAGUGUCAAGAGGCUACGUCGAACGACAACACCUUCAGUCGCUCAUCACCCAGAAGUUACUUCCGAAAGGUCGCGUGAAGCACCAGCCGCGUUGUAUACUACACGGGAUCGGAGGUGCAGGCAAAACUCAACUCGCUACAAACUGGAUUCAGGAGAACGAGCUUCGCUUCACUAGAGUGAUAUUCGUCGACGCUUCCAGUCAAACCCAGUUAGAAACUGACUUGCGGCGGUCGAUUCGAAGCUUAGGCUCCGAGUACAGCAAGAUGACGUGGAAAGAUGCAGUUAUGUACCUGGACGGCAAAGAGAGGGGAUGGUUGCUCUUCGUCGACAACGCCGACUCGGCAGAGCUCAACCUUCGCCCAUAUCUCCCUACCUCCAUUCAUGGGGCAGUUUUGAUUACCACGAGAAACAGUCAGCGCAUCGACUACGCUCCUGAUGGUGCAGUUGCUGUCGGCGCUCUCGAGGAAAGCGAAGCGGUGAAGCUCCUUCACGCAACCGCCAACGUCUCACCGGUAUCCAAUGCCGAGUCCGUGGAGAUUGUGAAGGAGCUAGGGAUGUUGGCACUUGCGGUCACUCAAGCAGGGGUGUACAUUCGCCAGACCCGGCGUCUCACGACAUACCUGGAUACAUUUCGUAAGAGUCGGAAUCGACUUCUGAGCAAGCAGCCAGAUAUUGGCUCAGAGUACACGUCGUCGACGUACACCGCGUUCGACCUAUCUUUCCAUAAAUUACAGACAAGGACACAGGAUUUCAUCAAGUUGUGUGCGUUCCUUCACCACUCACUCAUUCCGCUUGCUCUUUUUGAGCGGUCGACGACUUCUGGAUUCUCCACUUAUAAAGUUCUGAAGAAAUGCCCUCCACCGGAGAGCGACAAGAUUUUCAUCUCAAAGCUACAGGAGAUACUUGGGGAGACAUGGGACGAGGUAGCAUUCCAGGAUAUUGUCGACUCAGCGGCACAGGCGUCGUUUAUCAAUGUCUCGACAGACGGGGCAUUCUAUAGCAUCCACCCUCUACUCCAGAUGUAUAUCCAAGAUUCUCUGGGUGCAGAGGAUAAAGGAGAUUUUGUUCGGAUGACAUUACAAUUACUACUUGGUGCAAUUCGACCAGCAGAAGGGAGCAACGCACCGCUUUGGCACCUACUUCCUCACGCUGGCAGCAUUCCUCGAUCAGUGGUAUCGGAGAACCUAGCGCACAUACUGGCGUUCGAUGUGCUCUAUGAUGAUUUAGGGAAUUGGAGGGCAUGUUGGGAGCUAUUGGAAUAUUUCCUUGAAAGAGUUCGAGCAAAGCAAGGCGAAAGGCAUAGCAACACGAUGUGGGCGAUGAGCAAACUCGCCGAGGCACUGUGGCGUUGUGGUCAAUUGAGUAAAGCAGAAAAGAUGCAAAGAGAUACACUUGCUCUGCAACUAGAGAUCCUUGGACGAGAAAAUCGUGAUACAAUGAGAACAAUGCACUGCCUUGCCCUGACCUUGCAAGGUCGUGGUCAGUUGGACAAAGCCGAAAAGAUGCAGCGAGACGUGCUCGCUCUGCGGCUGGAUAUCUCUGGACCACGGUAUCCUGGCACCAUCAUGGCAAUGAACAACCUUGCAGGGAUCUUGCGUGGUCGUGGUCAGUUGGACAAAGCCGAAAAGAUGCAGCGAGACGUGCUCGCUCUGCGGCUGGAGAUCUCUGGACCACGGCAUCCAGACACCAUCGUCGCAAUGAACAACCUCGCAUCGAUCUUGUGUGAUCGUGGUCAGUUGGAGGUAGCCGAAAAGAUGCAGCGAGACGUGCUCGCUCUGCAACUCGAGAUCUCUGGACCACGGCAUCCAGACACCAUCGUGGCAAUGAACAACCUUGCCCUGACCUUGCGUGGUCGCGGUCAGUUGGAGGAAGCCGAAAAGAUGCAGCGAGACGUGCUCGCUCUGCAGCCGGAGAUCUUAGGACCACGGCAUCCUGUCACCAUCAAGGCAAUGAACAACCUCGCAUCGACCUUGUAUGAUCGUGGUCAAUUGGAGGAAGCCGAAAAUAUGCAGCGAGACCUGCUCGCUCUGCGGCUGGAGAUCUUAGGACCACGGCAUCCUGACACCAUCCUGGCAAUGAACAACCUCGCAUCGAUCUUGUGUGAUCGUGGUCAGUUGGAGGAAGCCGAAAAGAUGCAGCGAGACGUGCUCGCUCUGCGGCUGGAGAUCUUAGGACCACGGCAUCCUGACACCACCCUGGCAAUGAACAACCUCGCAUCGAUCUUGUGUGAUCGUGGUCAGUUGGAGGAAGCCGAAAAGAUGCAGCGAGACGUGCUCGCUCUGUGA